AUGACCACGACCAAGCAGCCGCCCUCAGCAGCGUCGGGGGCGCGCGGUCGCGGCCUUUGGUUCCUGUCGAUCCUCUGCUUCUUGGUUGCCACGGCUGGUGUCGGUCUCUUGGUCGCCAUUUUCCGGUCUCUCACGACUCGCCAGAUCGAGCCCAAGGGAUGCCGAAUGUCGUACAUGCGGCCCUCUUACAUCCACUUCUCCGAAUUCGACACCGAGCACACCCGCUUCGCGAGCAAAUACUCUCUCUACCUCUAUCGCGAGCAAGGGAUUGAUGGCGGUCAGCUGCGCGGUAUCCCGGUGCUCUUUAUCCCGGGCAAUGCCGGAAGCUACAAGCAAGUCCGACCAAUCGCUGCAGAGACGGCCAACUACUUUCAUGACCAUCUUCAGCACGACAGAAGCCAGCUAGAAUCCGGCAUCAGGAGCCUUGAUUUCUUCACAGUCGACUUCAACGAGGACAUUACUGCGUUCCAUGGCCAGACAUUGCUUGAUCAAGCCGAAUACCUCAACGAGGCCGUCCGCUAUAUCCUUUCGCUCUACACCGAGCCUCAAAGAGUCUCUCGCGACUCGCAUCUCCCGGACCCUACAUCAGUACUGAUUCUGGGGCAUUCCAUGGGGGGUGUUGUCGCGAGGGCAAUGCUCGUUCAGCCAAACUACCAGGAGAACUCGAUCAACACCAUCAUUACAAUGUCAGCACCACAUGCGCGACCCCCGGUUACGUUCGACAGCCGAAUCGUGCAGAUCUACGACGAGAUCAACGACUAUUGGCGGCGAGCCUAUACCCAGAAAUGGGCCAGCAACAAUCCGCUGUGGCACGUCACACUGGUGUCCAUCGCUGGAGGAAAUCUGGACACUGUCGUGCCCUCCGACUAUGCUAGCAUCGAAUCGCUCGUGCCCGAAACCCAUGGGUUCACCGUUUUCACCUCGGGCAUUCCAACAGUCUGGACCAGCAUGGACCACCAGGCAAUUCUGUGGUGCGACCAGUUUCGACGAGUUCUGGCGCAGACUCUGUAUGAUAUCGUUGACGUCCACCGGGCCUCCCAGACAAAACCGCGGGCUCAAAGGAUGAGGGUCUUUAAGAGGCGACUCUUGACUGGCCUGGAACCAAUCGCCGAGAAGACUCUGUCUCUGAGCGAACCGACAAUACUACUGACCCUGGAUGACUCGUCUAGUACGGUAGUGCCGACCGGGGUCCGACUCGUACUGUCGCAACUGGGUUCUGAGGCUGCACCGAGGGCCUAUCUCCUCCCCGUGCCGCCUCAUGGAUCGCUGGAACCAAAGCGCUUCACUUUGUUGACCGAUGCUCAACUGAAUGCGCCCGUCGACGGCAAUCAGCUGCAGGUCCUCCUGUGCAGCGUCGCGAGUGUCGGCCCUAUUCUGUCCUCCACAAUUGACCUAUCGAGAAAUGGCACCACGCCGACAAGGUUAGCAUGUAAGGAUGCUGCGUCCGACACGGUCCUUCUGCCGGCUUCAAGAACGGAUAUCGAAACCCCAUUCUACCUGGACGGACAAUCCCGGAUAGAUCCCUUUUCGUACCUCCAAUAUGAUGCCGAACACCUCUCUGAUCAUCAAUUUGUCGCUGUCAUUGAUAGAGCAGCGAGCGCCAGGCCCGGCUUCGUUGUCGCGGAAUUCAGCGAUCACUCGUCCUUUCAGAAAAAAGAAGACGUCGGUCUCGCCCGUCUUCUUACAUUUGGGCUAUCCCUCCGGCUGCCUGCUGAUCGGCCCCUUGCCAUGGACAUCCAUAUACCGGUUCUCAAGUCAAGCCUCAUAGCUUAUGAGAUGGUGAUCAACAAUCAGCCGUGUGUCGGAAAGCCGCUCCUUUUUGCGCCACUCAUACGGCAAUACAUCCAAAGGCCCUACGAAUCCAAGUUUUUCGUUAAUGCCAGGACGACUGGGAUCAGUUUCCAUGGUGUUGCUCCAUACAUGCCGCCUCCGCUCGCAUCCUCGGGCGCCGAUGGCGUGGCUUUCGGAAUCUGGUCUGAUCCGACAUGUCAAGCCCCCCUGGAGAUUGACCUUUAUGUCGAUGUGCUGGGGAGCCUUGGCAAGCUGUAUAUGCGAUAUCGCACAGUCUUUGCAGCUUUCCCUUUGCUCAUUGUUACGCUAGUACUCCGAAAGCAGUUCCGUGUCUAUGACACGACGGGCACAUUCAUCUCCUUCUCCGAAGGCCUGGAUCUGUCUCUACGACAGUCCAUUCCGCUCUUACUUUCUGGCCUCACUCUGCUCUCCCUCUCUCCCAGCGGGGUGACUACCUUUCUCGCCGCACUCGUGGAGAGCAAUCAGGCGAAUCCGAACCUUUUCUCGAACAUCAGCUUUCACAAAAACGACCUCCUCAUUGGUACUGACGACCCCUUGUUCAUAUACCUCGUGCCUUUUAUUGGCAUUGUAUGUAUCGGCGUCUGUACUGUGCUUCAUUACGUUCUUCUUGCGUUGACAAGAAUUCUUGGCGUCGCAUAUGCCAUUUCUACCGCAUUGCCUGCGAUCAAUGGCAGCAAGCCGCCGAGCUCAUUGCCAGCCUUUGCGCCGUCCACGCCUCGGCGAAGGGUGAUUUCGACUAUUAUUCUACUAUUUCUCGUUUCGACCUUUAUUCCGUACCAAUUCGCCUACUUGGUCGCCUGUCUUGUACAGAUUUUGACUGUCGUUCGCGCGCUGCGCAUCUACGUCGUCACCCCGUCAACGGCCAAUUCCAACUAUUAUCAUUACUCGCACUCUAUUCUCCUGCUGAUGAUGUGGGUUCUUCCGAUUAAUCUGCCCAUCUUGGCAGUCUGGGUUCGUAACCUCGCUGUUCACUGGCUCACACCCUUUUCUUCCCAUCACAAUGUGCUGUCCAUCAUGCCAUUCAUACUCCUUGUGGAGAAUUUGACAACAGGGAAGAUGGUGCCGCAGAUUACUUGUGGAUUUCGCCACAUCACGAGCGGGCUUCUUUUCGGGACGGCGCUCUGCGCGGCAAUCUAUGGCGUUUCACGGGCAUAUAUGCUUCAUUACUUGGUUAAUGUGGUGGCCGGGUGGCUCGUCAUCCUUCACUCUUCUGCAGAGCCAUGGUCGCUGAUGAACUUUGGUAUGUUUUUGGAAGGAGACGCGAAUGAGUUGGAAGAAAAGCAGUGA